GUCCGACUCAACACCACGCUGCUUAGAAGGUUGAUCACUUUCUCUUCACCUGCAGUGAAUUGCUUCACUGAGUAAACGAACUGUACCCUUUCAAUCUAUCCAUUCCCUCCGAAACCCAAUCUAAAAUUGGCUGCGAAACCCGAAGAAACCCCACAGAGGCCAGCGUGACCCCUACUCACUUCCCUGCGUUCCUUUGAGAUGGCUAGAUGAAAUACUCACAGCCACACGAGCGCCUGGAAGCGCAACAUGGCGUGGCAGUCAGGGGCUGGCGGCAGCGGCACAGGAGGGAUGGCAUCUGGAGAUUCUACCGGAGUCCAGGCAUAUACACUUCAAGGUGUUAUGCGAUUCCUGCAAACCGAAUGGCACAGACAUGAACGCGACCGAAAUGCGUGGGAGAUUGAACGCGAGGAGAUGAAGAAUCGCAUUGCUGUUCUCGAGGGCGAAUCACGGACGGGCAAAGGGAUACGACAUUCGCUUGAAAAGCAUGUGAGACUGCUGGAAGUAGCGUUAAAAGAGGAGCGCCACAAAACAAAGAAUAAUGACAAGACUGAGGUCGCGCAAGAUACAAAGGACGCGAAGGAAAAUGCGCAAAAAGAGCUCAAGUCAAUCGCAAAAGGAACCUCCGUGAAAGGUUUGAGCCACUUCGAUCCUGAAAUUGACGCCGAAAAUCAUCUUGCCCAAGGUGUACGACAAGAAAAGGAGCGCGACAAGUCAAAAAACUACCUCUCUAAAUGCUCCUCCGAAAUCACGUACCAUGUCCUCCCGACUAAUGCUCUACCUUCAGAUGCUGGUGAUCCCUCCCUGUCUGCAAAUGGAAACAAUCUCUUUUCAGGACGACAGCCAACUCAGCAAGAGCUUCAAGAAGCAUAUGUCCAACUACAGCAGGUCAAAGAACAGCAGCAGCAGCAGCGCAAUUCCUCCAUGAUCAGGGACAAUGCCGCACAACAAUCACCAGCAUUUGAGCCUGCGCCAAUUUCUCAUUCCAAUACACAAAUAGCCAUUGACGAUCUUCAAAGAAGACCGACGGAAAUCCACAUGACAGAGCAAAGCAACCAGCCUAUGACUACAUUUGACACGAGAAAGAAUUUUUUCAAUGAGCAAGUACCUCUUGUCGAAGAGCAGGUCGAGUCCAUAUCGCACAGUUUUGAUGCCUACGGCCGCGAGAUUCCUCCAAAAGGGAGGAGCGAACAACCUGCCAUUGAGGGGGUGAAGCAAGAAGUCUCAGAUGGCUGGGAUUUUGACGAUAGCCCAGCGGCCCAGGAGAAGCUCGACGUGAGUGCACAGCACAGACUAGAUACUGAGAUUUUUCCCAGUGCGAACCUCAUUCCCUCCAAAUCGCCUCCACGAGCGCCCGGCUCAUAUCGACGGAAGAGCUUGGGGAGCAGACGUCGGAGUGAAGGGAGCAAUGAUGCCAGAGAAUUAGCCAUGAAAUCAGACGCUACGCAGUUCAAAGUGCGGUUCGCUAUGCGAGGCCACCUGGAUGUCGUUCGCUCCGUCAUCUUCACCGGAGGUGGUAGCCCUGCGGAACCCGAGUUUUGCACUGCUAGUGAUGACGGAGGCGUGAAAAGAUGGCAUAUCCCGACGACCUACGCACACAAUGUCGCUCUCGGCGAUGACCUGGACCGAAUAGCACAUUUUACACACCGUGGCCACGUUGGAGCCGUUUGCUCACUGGCCGCAUGCCCAGCGUCGGGCAAUUUCUCCAGCGGUGGCCGGGCAGCCGGCGACGGUUGGAUUUUCUCGGGUGGUGAAGACGGAACGGUUAAAGUCUGGGAGCGCGGUCGAGUCGACGCCAAAGCGACGUUGGAAGGCCACAAAGACGCAGUCUGGGCGUUGUGUUGCUUGCCCGGCACGACAGGGACCAUACUUGGUGACCGGUGCUCGCAAUAUGGAGGACCAGAUCGUGUCCUGCUUGUCGCCGGCGGAUCAGACGGGACCAUCUUAAUUUGGGCCGUGUCCACGCCGCCGCAGCUGACUUCACCACCCUCUGGCAGUCGAUCUGCGAGGGGCAGUCGGAGGGCCAACUCGAUCUCGGCUGGCUCAAACUUCCCCAGCUCGCCCCAACCGAGCAUCGCGAGCACGACACCGUUCAGCUACAGCCUCGUACAUCGAAUCGAGAGAGCGCAGCAACCAGCCCCGACGUCCAUCUCUCCCCUGGGCAUGAAUGGCGAGAGCUUCGUCGUUAGCUAUCGGGACGCGAGCGUUUUGGUCUUUGACACUCGAUCUGGCGAGGAGAUUGUUGGGAUGGCCAGUCAAGAAACCUACGACGGAAGUCCCGACACGGGCGUCAACGCGGUCGUGGCCAGCAGCACUGGUUUCGACACUCGCGAUUCGGUGGCCCCGGGCCGACGGGGCUCGAUGGGCGAAGACGACGUCGUUCACGGAGCCACAGGGUCGGAGGGAGGCGUGGAAGGUGUGGUCAUUGCCGGCUACGAAGAUCGAUAUAUUCGUUUCUUCGAUGCUAAUAGUGGACAAUGCACUUACACCAUGCUCGCACACCCGUCCGCCAUCUCGUCCUUGUCGUUGAGUCCCGACGGAAAAGAAUUGGUCUCGGGAGGUCACGAUGCGAGUCUACGCUUCUGGUCUCUCGAAAAGAGGAGCUGUACGCAGGAGAUUUCGAGCCACCGCAUCAUGAGGGGAGAAGGGGUUUGCAGUGUCGUUUGGAGCCCAGACGGAAGAUGGGUCAUCAGUUGCGGUGGCGAUGGUGCCGUCAAGGUCUUUUCAAGGAGUUGAUUUUGAUUUGAUCCCACAGCAAGGAAGAAUGGGAAGAAAUACCUUUGCCAGAGUUUAGGGAUUAACUACCUGACCUGACCUGACCUGACCU